GCAGUGAGAAUGGCUGGUGGAGAAGGCGGGGGCGCCAGGGUGCCUGAGUGCCGGGAGCAUCUCUUCAAGGUGCUAGUGAUCGGGGAGCUGGGCGUGGGCAAAACCAGCAUCAUCAAGCGGUACGUGCACCAGCUCUUCUCGCAGCACUACCGGGCCACCAUCGGGGUGGACUUUGCCCUCAAAGUCAUCCACUGGGACAGCAAGACCCUGGUGAGGCUGCAGCUCUGGGACAUCGCAGGCCAGGAACGUUUUGGUAACAUGACAAGAGUGUACUAUAAGGAGGCAGUUGGUGCUCUUGUGGUCUUUGAUGUCACAAGAGGCUCCACUUUUGAAGCUGUUUCCAAGUGGAAACACGACUUGGACAGUAAAGUGCUACUUCCAAAUGGCAGCCCCAUCCCUGCAGUUCUCCUUGCAAACAAGUGUGACCAGAAAAAAGAUGGCAGCCAGAAUCCCUCUCAAAUGGACCAGUUCUGCAGAGAAGGUGGCUUUAUUGGGUGGUUUGAAACAUCUGCCAAGGACAACAUCAACAUAGAUGAAGCUGCUCGAUUUCUGGUGGAAAACAUCCUUGCCAACUACAAAAGCUUUCCUAAUGAAGAGAAUGAUGUGAACAAACUAAAACUGGACCCAGACCCCUUGAGAGCAGACAGUAAAUCACAGUGUUGCUAAUGUUACCUUUACUCUUGCAUGUAAAUGCAACAGAAUGAGCAGCAAGACUCUUGUUCCUCAGACCAGACUGCUGCUAUGGUGCUGCAUUAAGGACAAUCCAAGUGUUGGGUUUGGUUCUCUUUGAAUUGGUGAUAUUUUUGGGUGUUUACACAUUUUUGUUCUUUUUGUAUAAAAUUGAAAAUGUGGUGUUUAUCAUUCAUCCUCCACUAAAAGAGCAGCUGUGUCUAGCAGUUGGUUACCUUCUUCUGACAUGAAAACAGAGGGUGGUGUUUACACUCUGUUCUCAAAGGAAUACAGACAACAUUCAGUAUGACGCGUAUCCAGGCUAGGCGUUGGUUCAGAGGAUGAAUAUUGUGGUGUAUUCCAGAACAGUAUUCUUGACAGAAGUUGUAGCUGAAAUAAGCACUUGCCUCUUUGCCAUGAAUGUCCUUAUACCCAUGACUUCCCACUCCUGCCUGCCUGCCGCCUCUCCCACACAUACUACUUUGUCCCUGUUGAUUACCCCCUAAUGUGAGGACCUGUAACUACAGCUCUCCUGGAGCAAGUGGGUCUGUUUUCCUGAACUGGACAGGGAUAGCUGAGCAUUGGCAGGAGGUCCCAUCCUUACUUUGUCACUAAGCCCCAAUACAAGGUAAGCAUACCACUUGGCAAGUCAGAAGAACAGGAAGGGAAACAAGUGUCCUAUGUGACAUGGCUACUGCAGUGAUACAGAUGCUAGCAAGUGCAUCUCCAGUUAUUAGCUGAGAAUAUUUUACUUCAAAUACUCUUAACCAGUUUGAACCUGUAAAACACAUUCCAGCACAAAUAGCAGGCUUU